UCCUCCUAAACUAAUCGGCAUUACUGCGCAUGCGUGCGUCUUGACCACUGAGUCAAUCGUAGGACGCUACCGUGAAGACGAAACGCAGCUUCACCUGAAUUCUUGGGUUCAGCUGCCGUGUGGGGAACCAGGAAGAAGAGGUGUGUGCGUGUCAUAAAAGCAGUCAGUUCAGACUGUACUGCCCUCUUGUAUUACUAUGGAGGGGCCUGCAGUGGAAAACCUCAUAGACUUUGACAUGCCUUCCAGCACAGAAGUGACAGCACCCUCUGCCGUUGGUCCGUCCGACUUGUUAUCAGCUGAGCCUCUCAUCCCAGAGUCUGUGUGUGAGCUUCCAAAGCCAAUGGCCCCGAGACCAGUUGAGUAUGGAAGAGAGGAAGGUGCUGAAGACAGCGAUGCCACAGAGUCUGCAGACAGUGAGAAUGAGGCCACUGAUUCGCCCUCCCACACUUCAAACUCCCGCCGCUCAUCUUCAUCAUCCAAUCACAGUGCUGAGGACUCCGAUGUAGCGGAACGGCGGGAAUUCAUGAAAGCCUAUGUGGAGAAGCUAUUUCAUGGAAGGGAGGACUUUGACCAGGAGGAGAAAGCACGCUUCGGCGAGUUGUGUAGUGGAGAAAACGGCAAGGCGAGGGAGUGGUUUGCAAAAUACAUCAGUGUGCAGCGCUGCAACUCUAAGUGUGUGAGUGAGCAGACCUUCUACCGACUGGUGCAGUCUUUUGCAGUUGUCCUGUUUGAAUGCCACCAGAUGGAUGAUUACAGCCCUGCCAAGCACUUAAUGACCAUGUGCUUCACGUACUAUUACAUUGGGAAGAUACAGCUGUCACCUACAGAGCUUCUGGAGAAGCCAAGUGCAGGUUUUGACUCAUACCUGCGUGGCAGCAAGGUCUGGCUCUCAGGCAAGAAAGACAUUGCUGAGAAAUUGUUGAAAAAUACGACAACUAAGACGGACAUGAAGAGCUUCUUCGGAGGCCUGGAGAGCAAGCUCAGAGGCCCGGCUGCCCGAAAGAACGAAGAGAUAGAGAGUCCAACAGAAGGCAAGCCUAAAGCACCAGCAUCACCCCCUGCAUCCCCAGACAAGAAGAAAGGAGAGAAGAUAUACUUGUACACACACCUUAAACAGCAACCAAUCUGGCACACUUUAAGAUUUUGGAAUGCUGCAUUUUUCGAUGCUGUCCACUGUGAGAGGAACAAGAGGUCCCCGACCACGAGACGGACAGCUGAGGAGGAGAAAGAUGAGAGGGAAAAGUGGUGUCAUAUGACUCAGGAAGAGAAAGACGACAGCUCCAGGAUCGAAGAAAACAUCACCUUUGGACAGCUAGGGACCUUCACCCAUAAUAUGCUCGCCUUUGGAUUGAGUAAGAAACUCUGCAAUGAUUUCCUCAAGAAGCAGGCAAUUAUUGGAAAUUUGAAUGAAGAACAAUACAAGUUGCUGAGUGAGCAUAUUGAACAGAUGGCUGUAGAGUGAAUGGCUGCUACAGAGGACUCCACUAUCCUCUUAUUCGGUCCUACUGUUCGGUUCCCUGAUGUAUAACACCGUUCAGCUCCAGGUGGAAGCUCACUCUAGCCUCGCUCAUUUAUGCUAUUGAGCACUGCUACAGCCCACCUUCAUUUGAACAAUUUUCAAAAGUACAGCAACCGAAGUUAACAUAUCUAUGAGGUGGUAAGGACAUUGCAUUUACUCCAGUGCUGCUCACUAAAACUCUGUAUACUUCUGCUAUGCUGCAGCAUCACACAAAUGCUAUGUUUCAGAUGCAUAUCAGUACCUGACAGAUCCGCUAUACUCUCAACAGUGCGGUCACAUGCAAAAACCAUAUAUAAUAUGCUAAGUAAACUAUUCAGUAUCUUUAUUGAGCUGGGUGAACUGUACAUGUCUACAAAAUGCAGUUCCGUCAUCCAUUUUCGAUAAGGCUUUCAAAUUUAGUUUUCUCUCUUCAUAUGGUGUCAACAUAAAGAAAUGUGUGACAGGCCUUUGGGCAUUUAGGCUAUAAUUCAACUUGACAUGUGACGCACUCUAUCAUGCUCUCGAACGCGUUAUCAGAUUCUCACAUACACACUAUCAAACCUGUUACAAAGUAUGACAGUCUAGCCAUGUGAUGGUGUGAUAUUGUGCAUAAAAGGUGUGAUAGUGUGCACGUGAGAAUAUGAUAAUUUGAGUUAGAGAGUUAUGAUCGUGUGAUAGUGUGUAACAGUGUGUGUGAUAGUAUGUGAGCAGGUUUGAUGGGUUUGUGUUUAUGUAUGUAUGUAUGUAUGUAUAUGUGUGUGUAUAUAUAUGUGUAUAUAUAUAUGUGUAUGUAUAUAUAUAUAUAUAUAUAUAUAUAUAUAUAUAUAUAUAUAUAUAUAUACACACACACACACACACACACACACACACACACACACACACACACACUAUCUUUAAUUUUUCCUUGCCUACCUGUUUGUUUGACCGUGUGUGUGUUUGUGUGCAUGUGUGUGUGUGACAUGUCAAGUUUGAUUUAAGCUUAAGCAGCCUUACAUAAAAUAGAAAAUCUUUUGUCAGAGACUUAGCAUUUCCAAAGUGUAAUUUUUUUAUAGUGUAAUUUUUCUGUUCCCAGAAAUGUGAGCCCAUAUCAUUCAUGUGCAAAACAGUAUUAAAUACACCCUGUAUUAUCCAUGUGGUACAUGAGCCUCCAGAGUGAACUUUGAAACUCCAGUCUGUCCAAAGUGCCUUUAACAAAUUGUUCCCCUGUGAUGUGUCCUUGUUAAAUGUUGGAAAUAUUGCUGUAAACCUCCAGUUUUACAUAUUUUAUAAGUUGUAUAAGAUAUUUUAGUCAGUUUUGCAUUUGUUUGUCAUUUAUGUGCACUCCAAGUCUGUGUUUGUCGUGUUUAUAGAGUUGUUCUAACUGUUUAGUGAUCGACCAAUGCAAGCUGUAGUGCUGUGUAACAGCUGUUGUAGUGUUGUGCUGUGCCGUGCUGUAAUGUCCUGUGUUCAGUGCGCAUGCGUAUUCAUGGUGAAUUGUGCAUUGCUGUAGUGUAGUGUCAUGUCCAGUCAACAGAGGGCGGUCGUGUUUCUCCAUAUUAGCUGCUGAGCAGUGAAGGAGAAUAGUAACCAAGUGUGGUGUUUUAGAAAUAUUUAUGAAACUACUGAAGUCUUCGUGCAUGAGGAUACGGUAAGGUUAAUACACACACACACACACACACACACACACACACACACACACACACACACACACACACACAUAUAUAUAUAUAUAUAUAUAUAUAUAUAUAUAUAUAUAUAUAUAUAUAUAUAUAUAUACACACAGAGAGAGAGAGAGUUUGUAAAUACAGAGAUUUUAUCACAGAAAAUUGCAGUUUGCAUUGCAACACAAUGGCUGGUUCAAAAAGGGAUUACUGGAUUGUAAAAUGUUCAUUUAUGUAAGGUGUAUAUGUUGUCACAUUGUGCGCUUAGAUAUUUAAAGGAUGUAGUACAUCCAUUUUGUUGGAAAAAUGUGUGCUUUGCAAAUCCUGUAUGUGUCCUUAAUGUACUGUGGAUGCUUUGCUUUACUGCCCUAAUAUUCACAGCUUUAAUGUGAUACCUGAUAGACCUUGUCUAUUAUGUGUUUAUAAUAAAAGAUGUGUAACCUGA